AUGAAUGAUGAAAAUAUCGCUGACGCACUAAAUGAAUCUGUAUUCGACUAUUCGAGCGAUGAUUCAGAUUAUGAUCUGACCUUCAAACCUCCGGAACUCGACUGUCAUGUUGUUGCAAUUGGUGCUAAUGAUUCCGAUACGGAGAUUACAGACUCGGAUGAUUCAGAUAAUGCUACUGAAUCAGAUUACCCUGCACCUUCACCUACAUUAUCUACUGACUCCAGAGCUCCAAGGUCGCGAGGAAGAGCACAAAGCAGACGACCAAGCAGAGGUCGUUCACUUACAAAUCCUCGUGUAAUCACACUUCGCGGAAACUCUGAAAAUGACAUUCAAUAUCGAGCUACAGAGUUAGAAAAAAACACAAACAGGGCCCUUAUGUGGAAACUUCGAGAUUAUAAGCUUAACUUGGGUACCAAGCUGAUUGAAGAUAAUGACACGGAGAGUGAUAGCGAGAGUAAUCCAGACCAAAUGAAAGAGUUGGAACCAAAACAUAAGAAGCACAAAGUUAUGAUCAAACCAGUUCCAUCCAAGCAAAGACGCCUUCAGAAAGCAUCCCAUAUGCCUGAUUAUGGACCAAAGCAAUCAAGAUGCAGAAAUAAAUCUUGCGACAAAAAGACCACGUCUUCUGCAAAAGAUGUGAAGUGUUUCGUCUAUGUUUCGUGCCUAACAGAAACUGCUUUGCAAGUUUUCAUGAGAUAG